GGCAAAUGAGUACUUAUAGCACACCACAAAGAGGGGGGGUUGCGUUGCUGUGCGCGCCCCCUUCACCCCACACUGAUCACCUCACAUUCACAUCUCAUUCCAACCACACAUCCUGACUCGCCCAUCAUGUCCGACUCCAAGCCCGUCAUUGCCGUUGCUAUUUACACCACCUACGGUCACAUCAAGAAGUUGGCCGAUGCCCUGAUCAAGGGUAUUGAGUCUACCGGUGCGACCGUUAAGCCUUUCGUCUUCGAGGAGACUCUCUCCGCCGAGGUCUUGGAGAAGAUGCACGCUGGCCCCAAGCCAGACUGGCCAGUUAUCACCCCUGAUGACUUGAAAUCCGUCGAUGGAUUCGUUAUCGGAGCCCCUACCCGAUACGGACGAGUUCCCGCUCAGGUCUCCACCUUCUUUGACAAGACUGGAGGCCUUUGGGCCUCUGGGGCUUUGGUCGGCAUGCCCGUCACUCAGUUCACCUCUACCGGAAGUCAACACGGAGGAUCCGAGGCAACCGUUCUUACGACCAUGCCGUACUACAUCCACCAAGGUAUGAUCUUCGUUCCUCCCGGUUACCAGGACUCUGGUCUCCACAACCACUCCGAAGUUCACGGAGGUUCCCCUUACGGAACUUCAACCAUUGCCUCCGGAGAUGGACACCUCCAACCCACUUCGGUCGACCUCGGCGCUGCCGAGACCCAGGGCAAAUACUUUGCCAAUGUCACUGCCGCCCUCAAGAAGGGUCGGCAGUAGAUGGACUGGGUCUCCGAUCCUCUCUUAGCUAGAUCCGCUUAGAGAAUCACCACAGCAUUAUAUCUUCAGAAGUACAGCCGAGCACGAUGCAUUUUAUGUGCG